UCCCACUAACUAAGCCACCAAACCAAAAAAACCGCGACAUUUUCCCUCCAAAAAUAUUGCCAUUCUUUAAUCCUCACUUUCUCUCCGUGGAUGCCCUAAUUUCGUGUAGGGUUUGUCAGCCAUGAGUCCGAUUGAUUCUACGGGUAACGGUGAUCGCAAAAUCCACCAAGAUUUCGACUUCGUCGACACUCAACCAUUCGACGCCGAUGGUGAGGAGGACGAUGUUUGCGGAUUCUUCGAGGACACGGUGCCUUUCGGCGACGACGGUGUUUUGGAGACCGAAGCGGUGAACCUUGCCGGUGAAACUCAGGCAUUGGAUGAUGGUGAUGCUUUCGACGACGACGACGACGGCGUUUUGGAGACCGAAGCGGUAAACCUUGCCGGGGAAACUCAGGCGUUGGAUGACGGUGACACGCAGUUGCUGGAGGAAGAGUCGGAUUCGGAUAGAACGCAAGUUUUGGAGAAUGUGGAUGAUGACGACGUUGAUGAGGUAUCUGUCGGCAAUGUCAAUGCUGAAGCCGUGGAUAGCAAGAAGGGUGAAUCGUCACAACAAAACAGUUCUGGUUCUAUGCCACCACGGUUUACUGUUCUCCGUGCAGAAUCUUUGCGGCAAGCUGCUCUAGCCUGCAACAUGGAUUUGAAAGAAACCCAGGAUGUGACCAAUUCUGUUGAGGGUACGAGUCAGUUUUGUCAGGUUCCACAGGCUGUAAAGGAUAAUGGGGGGUCCUUUCUUAGAUGUUCUGAGAAGGAUGAUGGAGUUGAUCAGGAAAACAAGCACAGGAAAUACAGUGUGGAAGUUGGGGGGUUUAAGAGCAAAAGUAUGUGCAAGGUUGCUAACUCGACAGUGAGAAAACUUUUCAAUGAUGUUUUACCUGUUGAAACAAACCAACCUUCUCUUAGAAGCAAUGAUUUUAAUGAAGGAGACGACUUGGACAAGUUGCCUAUUUACCAUGAUGAAUUGACAGGGUUAAGUUACGUGGAAUCUCAAGAACCUGGAGUUUUGUCACAGGACAAUGCUCUCGAUUUUGUUGAUAGGUUUCUCAAAGAUAAUACAUUGGAGUUUGAUCAAGAAACUAAUUCUGUUAAGAAAAUUGAGGAAAAGUCAAAAUCCAUUCCCAGUACAAAAAGACAGCACAGUUUGGCCAAGACAGUAAAUGAUAGAGGCAAAUCUGGAAGAACUGGGAUUUAUGACUGGGAUGAUAACCGUGAGGAUGAAGGUGGGGGAGAUAUAUUCCUAAGGAGAAAAGAAGAUUUUUUUAAGGGUGAAAUGCAUAGGCCAAGGUCGUUGCCAGGAUUCCAGAAGAGCAAAGUAUGCAGACUAAAUGAUGAUAAGGAAGACAAGAAACAAUUAAGUAUUCCUAAUAGAAGAAAGACUGCAGUUCACUCAGAUUCAAAACUAGGGAUGCAUAUUCUGAAAGCAAGGGACAAUAUUAUACCAGAAGCAACAAUGUUAAAACGGAAUCUUGCUAAUGAAUUGGAUGAACAAUUUAACACUGAUUGCUCUAGAGGAGAGAUGGAGCCCAAUGCUAAUGCAUGCGCACCAGAGAUGUUGGAUGUAGGUUUAGAUACUCAAAUGGCUGCUGAGGCUAUGGAAGCUUUAUGCAAUGUCGGGGAUAUUGUUGAUCAUGUUGCUAAUGAUGCCACUCAUGUUACUAGAAGUGGUUUAAUGUAUAAAGUUAAUAACUCUUCUACUGGAAAAGUGGGGUCGGGUUCGUCAAAGGAACGUUUGGGACAAUAUGACAAGAAAAGGAAAGUUGAUGUUAAAUCAAAGUUACAAACUUCAGGUUUAUCAAAGAAAAGUACUAAAGAAGUCAGGCAGUGGACAAAGGACAAUAUGAUGACAAGAUCCAAGAGGAGCAAGUUAAAUGCAGAAGGCAACCAAACCUCCAGUGCUAAUGAAAAUGGUAGAGUAUCCUUGUCUCCAAUAAUUGCACAAAGAAAGUCAGCUGGAGCUUUGAAAAGACAUCAGCUUGAUGAGUUGAAUAAUCCUGGUGGCAAUAAUGGAGAAAGUAGAGGGAGUUCAGUCGGCAAAAGGCAUUUGCAGGAUGAUGUUUUGCUUUUUACACCAAUUGCCCGCAGAACUAGACGGUCCUUAGCAGUAAACCCAUUGAUUAAUGUCAGUGAUGAUGCUGAAAUGGAUACAUUAGAUUGUCCUAAAGGAAGGAGAUCUCUUAGGAUUAGGAAGUUGUCUAAUGAUGACAAACGAUCCGAGACAUUAGUUGGUUCAUCUAAACCAUCUGCACAACCUGAAGAUAUUGGGAAACAUACUGCUGGGAAGAGAAAAAUGAGAACGGAUUCUGUUGUCAAAUCACAUGUGAAUUGCCAAGCUCGGUCAUCUUUAUCUUUGUAUGAUGGCUCAGCAAUAUCUUCUGUUGAUCGAAAACAAGGUAAAAUAUCAGAGCUAAAUUCAGAUAAAGCAAACCCAGGGGACAAUAUCAAUAAUUCUGAAGUCACCACUUUAGAUGAAUCACCAAGAGAGAGGUAUAAGUCAUCUGACUUGGCAUCUGCAACUCCGGCAAAGUGUAAGACACCCGCGAAUGAUGCAUCACCUGUUUGUAUGGGUGAUGAAUAUUACAAACAAUCAUGCAAUAGAAAUCUUUCAAGAUCAUGUAAGGAGCUCCAUAGAGAACUUCAAAGCUUGAGGGACAUCAGAUCUGAAUUACUUACUCCGUCUAAAGAUUCAAGAAAGAGGAGGGACAUGACUGAUGUUCGAAUUCUUUACAGCCACCACUUGGAUGAAGAUAUUGUUAAGCAUCAGAAGAAGAUUUUAGCACGGCUUGGAGUUUCUGUGGCUUCCUCCAUUGCAGAUGCAACCCAUUUCAUAGCUAAUCAAUUUGUGCGUACAAGGAAUAUGUUAGAAGCUAUUGCUUUUGGUAAACCGGUGGUCACGCACUUAUGGAUUGAAAGCUGUGGUCAAGCUAGCUGUUUUAUUGAUGAGAGAAAUUACAUAUUGAGGGAUGUGAAAAAGGAAAAGGAGUUAGGUUUCAGCAUGCCAGUUUCACUAGCACAUGCAAUCCAGCAUCCUCUUUUAAAGGGUCGAAGAGUAUUGGUCACCACAAAUACUAAACCCAGUAAAGAGAUUGUUUCAAAUUUAACGAGAGCUGUUCAGGGCCAGGUAGUGGAGAAAGUAGGAAGAUCUGUUUUCAAGGGAGAUACAAUUUCCGAUGAUCUACUGAUCUUAUCUUGUGAAGAAGAUUAUGCCUCUUGUGUGCCUUUUCUUGAAAAGGGUCAGAAACUGUUUCAUUCAGCUUUGAAAACUUGCUAUCUGCUCAAAAUUAAGAAUACUAUGUUUUGCAUCUGCAGGGGCAAUGGUGUACAGUUCAGAACUGUUGCUGAAUGGCAUUGUUACUCAGAAGCUGGAGUAUCAGAGGCAUCGACUUUUUGCAGACAUUGUGAAGAAAACUCGUUCCACCUUAUGGUUGAAAACAGAUGACAGAACAUUUAUUCCUGUGACUAAAUGUAAUUAGAGUGGCUCCAUUUUUACUUUUCCUCUUGAUCAUUUGUAGUUUAGGUCAUGUAGAUAUUUUCCUACACAUUUCCUAAGUCCCCCUCUCCGUAAUAUAUUUAUUAUGUAGAAAUCUUUGAAAGGUGUUUUUGCUCUUUUCUUUCAGUUUGCACCCUUCUGCGACAAUGUUGUGACAAUUGUGAUUUGUGAGUGAUGCUCGUAAGACCAGAGGGUAUAAAUCUGUGGUAGCCGUGGACCUGGCUUGUGUUUGUCUGAUGAAAUAACGUAGUAUGUUGCAUUGGUGGUA